UACGUUUAGUUUUUUGUUUAUUAUACUACUUUUUUUUUUGUUUGUUUUUUGCCUUGUUCGAUAACCGUAUCGUAUCGAUAAACGAUAGCCAUGUUCAACUCAAACAUACCGGCCGCCUCUUUGCUUAGCAUCGAGAGCAGCGGCCUGGGUGGCCUGGGCGCUCAUACGCCCAAAACCCCGGAGAUUGUUAACUCGCUAAUUGCCAUGACCAAUCCAUUGGAUAACUAUAGUUUCGAUUCGGCGGCAGCAAUGGCUGCAAUCUCUGCCUCGGCAGCCUCAUCGGCAGCAUCCUGCAGCAGUGCUGCAUCCACACCAGUGGUAACAGUGCGUCAUUUUAAUGGUCAUCCCAAUGGACAGUUGCACUCGCAGGACAGCAGUCAUUCCAGUUGCUCUGGCUCGCCAUUGGACUCACCAGCGGGAGGCACGGCCACCACGCCCAGCGUUCAACAGACCUGCUCUCGCUUGAUCAAGGAGGGCCUGAAGCUGUCCAUUCAGAGCAAACGCAAGCUCUCCACCUGCGACUCCAGCUCCGGAUCGGAGCAGCCGCACUCCAAGUGCUCCCGUCUCAGCAGUAACCACAACGGGCACAGUGGCGGCAGUAGCAAUCAUUAUAGCGGCAACAUGAGCAAUGCCAAUGACGAUGACCUGGAGGAGUCCAGUGAUGAGGAUAGCGAGACCAAGUCCCAGCCAAAGGGUCUGACGCCCGAGGAUGAGGAUCGCCGGCGACGACGCCGUGAACGCAACAAGAUUGCGGCCACCAAGUGCCGGAUGAAGAAGCGCGAACGUACCCAGAAUCUGAUCAAGGAGUCCGAAGUGCUGGACACGCAGAAUGUGGAGCUAAAGAACCAAGUGCGUCAGCUGGAAACGGAACGUCGCAAGCUAACGGAUAUGCUGGAAUCUCAUGGAUGCCUGCGCUCCGGUGGCUGUCAGUUGCCCACGCAUUUGACGCAGUCCCCAGCUCACAAGUACCUCGCCGAACUGGAACUAGAUGAUGCGGCAGCGGGAUCACUUGGCAACAACAACAACAUCAGCAGCAGCAGCAACGGCAGUGGCAACAAUCAGCAACGAGUCCAGAGCAUACCAUCGAUGGCCACCUUCAAGUUUGGCUCCAAAACGGCAGCCGCAAUGGCCCAACAGCUACCCACUGGCUAUUGCAAGCCCUCGCCCAGUGCCCAAGAGUUUGAGCAUGCCGGCUAUCAGCAGCACCAGCAGCACCAGCAGCAACAGCAGCAACAGCAGCAGCAGCAACACAAUCAGCAACAGUCAAUGAAUCCCGCCAGCAGCAACAUCGACCAGCAGCACCAACAUCAGCCAAAUCCCAGUCCCGGCCUGCUCUCCGACUAUGUGCCCAAUUGCGAUGGCCUGAGCAGUAGCAAUCACAACAAUCCAAGCAGCAAUACCAGCGUCAGUAGCAGCAACAGCAGCAGCAAUACCAGCAGCAACACCAGCACCACGUCCAGCCUCACCGCCAGCAGCAGCGCCAUUGAGUUUGUAAAGAACGAGCUGGUGGAUUCACAGAGUCCCUAUACCACAGCCCUGAGUGCCGAGCGGUUUCUGUUCGAGCCAAGUGAUGGUUUUCCAGAUAUUAAGCAUGCAGUCAGUGUUUUACCCUCGCCAUGUGGCAUCAAUGGCCUCAACAUGGCCAGUGUGGUGCCAACGAAUGUGGGCACUGGCGGUGGCAAUCACAAUGGCAGCAAUGGUGGCGGCAGCAACGCCAACGGUGGCGUUAAUGGCGGCGGCAGCAAUAAUAAUAAUAACAAUCAUCUGAUGGACUUCCAUCAGGGUUUGCAGCAUGGCAAUGGGAUUGGUAUUGGUAUUGGAAAUGUUGGCGUCGGUGUCGGCGUCGGUGUGGGCAUGACAUCCUGCUACGAUGAGGAUCAUCAGCUGAUGCUCAUGAAGAGCGGUUGCUAUGAAUCGGAUCUGCUGUCACAGCUGGUGGAUGAUGGCGUUGCCGGGGAGUAUGUGAAUUUGGAUACAGCCACGGCAUUCAUGACCAAUGGCGGUUGCCUGGCGUGAGGAAGGGCGCCGGACAGGGAGCGGGAUCGAGAACGGAAACGGGAAAGUGAACGAGAACGAGAACGAGAUCGAGACCGUGACCUGAUGCUACCCGCCUUUGAGCAGUCCACCGGCCAUUAUCAGCAUACCCCACACAACCAACAACAGCAUCAUCAUCAGCAGCAGGAAUCGCAGCCACCCCAGCAGGUGACUCAGCAAAGGGAUCGAAAUCAGAGGCAGGCACAACAGUCGUCCAGUCCACAGUUGGACCAACAGCAGGUAGAGCUGGAGCUAGAAAUGGAGCUGCAGCUGGGCGAGGAGCAGGAUCCGGCCUGGGCCCAUGUAGACUACUGGUGCUAAGGCUUAAUCAACCCAUCAUCAUCCCAAAAACAAAAAUUACAAAAAAAAAAAAAAGAAAAUACAAUCUAAUCUUAAAAUUAACCGCCACUCAUCGACUAAGCAAAAGCAGGAAAAGCUGAAGAAGAUCCCUCCAAAUCCCCUCCCAAGAAAAUCCCAUCCCUCAAAGAAAUAAUUUCUUCCACAAAAAUAAUUUCUAUAAAUUCUAGAAAACUUUCUAUAAAGUUUAACAAAUCUGCCACAAUCUUGGAUGUUUUUUUGUAAUCUUCUUUUAAGGAAUUUUUGCUAUAAUUUAAUAUUUAAAUUUCUUACAAAUCCAAGUUCUUCCAAUAGCUAGUUUCCCCUUUCCCAAGAUCCCAAGACCACUCGAAUAUCAUCCGCCGAACCCAAAAUCCCAUACCCUAUAUGUAUGUAUAUCCCUUUCCCCUGAUCCCAAGUCCGCCUGGAGCGGCAUCCAGCCUGUGGCUUGACUACCUCAUGAAGCAAGAAGCAGUAACAAUUAACAAGUAACUAUCAUUAAAGAGUUUUAACAAUAAACAAAAAAAAAAAAAAAAAAAAA